CUGAAUGAAUUAGCCAACCGUGUGACACGCCCUUCUAAAAACACCCGUUUCCACCUCUCCGUCUCUCUCGCCAUCGAUCCCUUUUCUCCGCUAUUCACUCUGCUCCACGCCGCCAUUUUUCCUUCUUCUAUCGAAUUUUCCCCUUACACUCUUUCCCUUUUUUUCUUCUCACUCUUAUCGUUUUUCCAAUUGACUAGACCAGAUUGUUAUUCGUUUUUUUUUUUUUUACCUGGAAAGCGAGGAGACUUGUCGAUUCGGAAUCGGCGUUUCGAGGAGACGAUGUUAGGGUUUUCUAACGGAACCGGUGGCGGUGGAGUUGGAGAUGAUGAUUUGGCUCAGCUUCAAUCUACCAUGCGCGCGAUUGAACUUGCUUGCUCUUACAUUCAGAUAAAUACUAAUCCAGCUGCUGCUGAAGCUACCAUAUUGUCGUUUCACCAGUCCCCGCAGCCAUAUAAGGCGUGUAGAUAUAUUCUUGAAAAUUCUCAGGUAGCAAGUGCUAGGUUUCAAGCUGCUGCAGCUAUUAAAGAAGCAGCUAUCAGGGAAUGGAGUUUUCUUGCCACUGAUGAUAAAGGGGGUUUGAUUAGCUUCUGUAUUGGCUACGUCAUGCAGCAUGCCAAUUCAUCAGAUGGUUAUGUGUUUUCAAAAGUAUCUUCUGUGGCUGCGCAGCUGAUGAAAAGAGGCUGGCUUGAGUUUACUCCAGCCGAGAAGGAAGUCUUUUUCUACCAGAUCAACCAGGCUAUUCUUGGUUCUCGAGGCUUAGAUGUGCAGUUCAUCGGCAUAAAUUUACUUGAAUCAUUGGUAUCUGAAUUCUCACCCUCUACUUCAAGUGCCAUGGGUCUCCCAAGGGAAUUUCAUGAAAAUUGCCACAAGUCACUAGAACAGAACUUUCUGAAGACUUUCUAUAGCUGGGCACGUGAUGCCGCUUUAAGUGUUACAAACAAGAUCAUUGAAUCGCAUUCUGAUGUCCCUGAGGUUAAGCCUGGUGCUUCGUGGUGUGAUGUUUUGCUUUCAAGUUCACAUGUUGGAUGGCUGAUAAAUCUAUAUUCGUCGCUGAGGCAGAAGUUUGCUCUUGAAGGCUAUUGGCCAGAUUGUCCUGUUGCAGUCUCUGCUCGGAAACUUAUUGUACAGUUGUGCUCCUUGGCAGGGGAAAUAUUUCCAUCUAACAAUGCACAGAUGCGAGAGCAGCAUCUACUCCUCUUGCUGUCGGGGGUGUUACCCUGGAUUGAUCCUCCUGAUGUCAUUUCAAAGGAGAUUGAAGAAGGAAGGAGUGGAAGUGAGAUGAUUGAUGGUUGUCGCGCAUUGUAUUAUAUCGGAACAGUUACUACUCCUGUUGACUUUGACCGACUCUUGCGAUCAAUAAGGCCCUUUGGUACUCUUACACUCUUAUCGAUGUUAAUGGGUGAGGUUGUCAAAGUAUUAAUGGCGAAUAGCACUGAUAAAGAGACUUGGAGCUAUGAGGCGCGCGAUAUCUUGCUAGAUACCUGGACAACUCUCCUUGCUUCAAUGGAUGGUUCUGGAGGUAAUGCGUGGCUGCCAGCUGAAGGGGUGCAUGCUGCAGCUAGUCUCUUUUCAUUGAUUGCGGAAUCUGAACUUAAAGUGGCAUCUGCGUCAGCUACAGCUAAUGAAGAUGAUGCUGACUGUCUGGCUUCUGUAUCUGCGAUGGAUGAAAGACUAGGCUCUUAUGCUCUCAUUGCAAGGGCAGCAGUCGAUGCUACAAUCCCAUUUUUAGCAAAACUUUUCUCUGAUCGUGUUGCACACCUCCAUCAGGGCAGGGGCACUGUUGAUCCGACCGAAACUUUGGAAGAGGUCUACUCUUUACUGCUGAUAAUCGGUCAUGUACUUGCAGAUGAAGGGGAAGGGGAGACGGCUCUGGUUCCUGAUGCCUUGCAAUCUCAUUUUGUGGAUGUUGUAGAGGCAAACAACCACCCCGUUGUGAUACUCUCAAGCUCAAUUAUAAAGUUCGCUGAGCAAUGUAUGGAUGCAGAUAUGAGAUCUUCGAUCUUUAGUCCUCGGCUAAUGGAGGCAGUCAUAUGGUUCCUUGCAAGAUGGUCUUUCACAUAUCUAAUGCUCGUUGAAGAUUGCAAUUUGGGUACCAACCAGCUUAAGUCUCUACCUUCCAGAGCAUGUUUAUUCACGUUUUUCAACGAACACAAUCAAGGGAAGUUUGUCCUUGAUAUAAUUGUCCGGAUCUCCUUGACAUCGCUCAUGUCUUACCCUGGUGAAAAGGAUUUGCAGGAGUUAACAUGUUUUCAGUUACUGCAUGCACUUGUUCGACGAAGAAACAUUUGUUUUCACCUUCUAUCACUGGACUCUUGGCGUAACCUAGCAAAUGCUUUUGCAAAUGACAAAACAUUGUUCUUGCUAAAUAGUGUUAGUCAGCGUUCAUUGGCUCAAACGCUUGUUCUUUCUGCUUAUGGAAUGCAAAGUUCAGAUGCAUCAAAUCAAUAUGUGAAGGACCUCAUGGCUCACAUGACAUCAUCUUUAGUGGAUUUGUCCAAUAACAGUGACCUUAAAAAUCUGGCUCAGCAACCUGAUAUCAUUAUGCUGGUGAGCUGUGUGUUAGAGCGGCUUCGAGGAGCGGCAAGUGCCACUGAACCCCGGACACAGAGAGCAAUAUAUGAGAUGGGAUUGUCUGUUAUGAAUCCUGUGCUCCGUCUUCUCGAGGUUUACAAACACGAGAUAUCAUUGUCUCUCUCGAGUACCUUGCUUAAUGAAGCCAAAACCGAAAAGUACAAGGAUUUACGCGCUCUGCUUCAGCUACUUUCUCAUCUAUGCUCAAAAGAUAUGGUUGACUUUUCAUCUGACACUAUUGAGACACAAAGCACAAAUAUAUCCCAGGUGGUGUAUUUUGGUCUCCAUAUUAUCACGCCGCUUAUAACUUUGGAACUCCUCAAAUACCCGAAGCUUUGUUUCGACUAUUUCUCGCUCAUAUCACAUAUGCUCGAGGUUUACCCCGAGACGCUGGCACAACUCAACAGUGAUGCAUUUAACCAUGUACUUACGACAGUUGACUUUGGUCUUCAUCAGCAGGAUGGAGAUAUAGUCACGAUGUGCCUGAGAGCUCUAAAGGCUCUUGCUUCAUAUCACUACAAAGAGACAAAAGCUGGCAACACGGGUUUGGGUUUACACGCUGCUGGACACACAGAUCCGAAUGGAGUACACCGAGAAGGAAUCCUGAGUCGAUUCCUUCGCACAUUACUUCACUUUCUUCUCUUUGAGGAUUACAGUCUGGACCUAGUCAAUACAGCAGCAGAUGCCUUGUUCCCGCUUAUCCUCUGUGAACCAAACCUUUACCAGGGAUUGGGCAACGAACUGAUUGAGAAGCAGGGCAAUCCCAACUUCAAAUCUCGGCUAGCCAAUGCGCUCCAGUUGCUCACGACGUCGAACCAGCUAUCCUCAUCCUUGGACCGUCUCAAUUACCCAAGAUUCAGAAAGAACCUCAACAACUUCCUCAUUGAAGUUCGUGGGUUUCUCAAGACUAGGUGAUCGAAUUUUACAACUAAAGAGGUUUUCCAAGUGUUAUAUUGAUCAGCCUUUUUUUCCGGCUGGGAGAAACAGAUGAAUCCAAGAUUCGAAAUGGUUUUGACUUUUGAGUAGCACUAGUGACUAUUGUGAGUGGUCAAAUAUAAGAUUAAAAUCUUUUUUUACUUUUAUUUCAAUACUAAGGAUGAAUAAAUGUGAUCAUUUAACAAAAAAAAUACAAUGACGGAUCAUUUCUUUUUACUUUCAAAUCCAUGUUAUAUUGAAACUUUCAAAUCUA